GUUCUUUGCAGCAUUCUUCUGGCGACUUGCUUGACAUUCAGUUGCCAUGGGAAAACGUCAGAUUUGCAGAGAAAAUGUGGCGUCGACGAUUCCAAAGAAAAUCGUCCAAAAUCACAGUCAUCCCAGUAUAUACCUGAGAUCGAAAAUAUUUUGAUGACGAACGUAUUGCAGAGAAAAGAUAAGGAUGCUUUCAAUGCCUUGUUCAACAAAAACUUACAAUGCAAGGAACAGUAUCUUGUGCCUAUCGCUUGGCAUGUUCUCCAUGAUGCACGUGGGAAAGGAAAUGUUUCUGUGACCAAGCUGGAAGAUCAAGUGAAAGUUUUAAACAGUACGAAUUUGAAUUCAUCCAUAAAUAUCUUUUUAGAUUUUCUUUGUCUCACUUCUCUUUUAGCUUUCUUUGAGGAAUUGCAGGUCGACGCGCGCAAGAAUCGUGAGUCUCACACAUAAGAAAACUGAAUGAGCGCUUACCAUUUUUCAGAAUUGCCCAUCCAAAGUGGUGAAUUUUAGCAGUGGGUCUUUUUUAUCAUCUUAAUUCUUGGGAAAAUCGGACUAGAGUAAAGGAUAAGAUAACAUUCAGCCAAUCUUGCGAUAAAUUUCCGAUUAAGAGCUUCUUCUUAUGAAUGAGUCGGUCUGAUCGGCAGCUGCUGACUACAAUUGAGUGCCUCUCGCACGCACCUUUGUACGUCCUUCGUACGACAACUGCAUCUCAAAUUUGUAUAAAAACAAAUAAGUGACUGCAGCUUUUCUUUCAGGGCCUAUAGAGCUUAACUUCGCUGCCUGGUUGGUCCGGACAACUCGCGCCACCUUCUCGACCAAUCAAAUUCAAAACUGCUGACAAAUCGUGAAUUGGUCGCUUUCCUCCUCCCCCUCCCCUCCCCUCCCCUCCCCUCUCUCCUUCAUGCUUUCCUCCUCCCCCUCCCCUCCCCAUCUCCUUCAUGCCAUGCAGCUUGCAUGUUUUACUUUGAAUUUCCGUUGGCUAAUGGUGAUGUCCAACUUCGCUUCGUUUGACUGUUGUGAUUGCUUUGAUUGCUGUUGUCUGAAUAUAUCCAAACCGAAAACUUCUCUAAAUUAAUAAAUCUAUCGGUGAAAUUGUCCUACUAAUAAUCGACUUUGUUUAUUUUUCAGAGGCUUUCUCGGAUUCACCAUUCCGAUUUGCAACGGUGCGUUGAUAGUUAAUGAUAUCAAUGUGUUGAAUUCUAUUCUGAUUGGUGCUUUCCCAGGAACUAUGAAUAGACGAUAAAAAAUGACUAUGCAUAGUUUGAUAAUUUAUUUACAUUUCUUUAUCAUUAAACAUCGACGACUGAUAAGCCUAUCUGUUAUGGCACCAGAUUACGGCGGAGACUCGAAGUCGGGUGCUCGUGGGCAAGCUUUUUGAGAACACCUACUGGAUGAUAGGACUGAUUACCAUUAAAAUAUGGCCAACAUUUUGGAUUCAGUCUCCUAACUUACAAUUUCUCGCUCUCUUAACUACUAUCAGUCAAAAUCACAGAGCGCUAAAUGUUCUGAGUCGCCUUUAUACAAUCUUAAUGACUAUCCAUAUUUUGUUACCAUCGUUAAGAAAAAUCGCUUACCUCUUAUGCAAGAUGACAACAAAAUAUCUUCAUUCCGCGCAGCUUAUGCCUAACUGCUUUUUUUUUUAUCUCCAGCGUUCAGUUGACAGAACAAAUAACGAGGAAUGGUUCAAUAACUGCAAGGGCCAAAGCUUUUUUAUCAGAAGAGGUCUGGGUAUUUUGCCUGCAUCAACGCUCAACAUAUACACGUGCCAGUUCCAGGAUCGCCUACUUGGCGAUGCAUCGUUUCCCUGGAGUGACUUAGAGUCUGGCUUAUCACACGGCGUGGCAAUUCACUACGAGACAUUACCCGGAGGAGCGAUGCUAACACUGAAUCUUGGAGACAAUGCUGUUCACGAGGUAAACUUAUCAGAAUAAAAAAAAAGAGAGAGAGAACUUCUUAGUUGAGUUUCGUGCAACCAAAAUCAGAGUUAUUGCUACCACUAGCCAUGAGAGGCAAGAUAUUAUAGUCUCUUGUGACAUAUGUAAGUUGUCAGUGGGAAUCUACGUUGGACACAUAUAAACGGAUUCAAGUGCUGGUGACAAACUUGCGAUUUUUUUUACUGGUUGUGUAAAUGCCACGUCAGUUACUCAACUUAUCACAGAACGUAGUUGGAUAAGACCAAGGCACUCUCAAAAGCUCCUCAAUCAAAUGAAAUACGGGUGACAACUCCAUCGAGUAAAAUUUGAGAUGGAAAUCAACGUUUAUAUCGUGUAAACCCGGUAUCAGUUCCUUUCAUAUAUCAAAGACAAAAUGAAAACACAGCAUCCUUCGGCUGGAGAGCACCCUUGAGUAAAAGUACCUCCAGGGUAUCAGUGCCUACUUAAGGUCAUACGUAGAAAUUUUGAUCGCUAAUCAACCGUUUAGGAUUUAUUGGGAGAAUUUGUUACAACACUGCCAUGAAUGAGUAUGGGAAUAGAGUGAGCAAAAAAAGCCUGGUUCAGGUCUCAUUCUCUGAUCAAGUUAUGUGAAAUUGCCGCUUAACAUCGAAUUCAAAUAAAUACGAUAAACUCGAUAAGAUGGGACACCUUCACGGUUAUUGUUAAGACGCUAAGCAUUUCUCUGGUGAAGUUUUAGGCUAGAUACACUUUGGCAUGAAAUUACUGAACACUAAUGUAAUGUGAAGAUUUUUUGCGAAAUCAGAUAACCGUUUGAAUGCAUCUUUACAGGUUGGUCAUUAUUUCGGUCUCUUUCACGUUUGUGAGGUAUGUAAUAUAAAAGCUCAAGCGUUAUCCACUUGUCAACAGCAAUAGUAUUUCUGAAUUAUUAUAUAGUUAUUUCUUAAAAAUAGACCAGAAAUCAAAAAGAAAGAUUCCUGCUUAUGAAACAGGAAAACAGCACAACAGUUUUUUACUCUCCCACCGACGCUAUUUUUUAAGUUCCUGAGAUAUUUUUUUCAGUAAGCAAGACUUCAAACAGAUAACAUUUUGAUUCCUAGUUUCUGGGGAGCACGGGUUGGAAUCCCGUCAAAGCCUGAAUUUUUCUAAGCUUCAUUUUUCCAUACUUCAUUUUUCCGGGCCUUUUUGUACUGCCUAAACGGGAGGAUGAUUUCUUUGCUUGCUCCAGUUUACUUUGCUCACUUCCACGCUCAUCUGAUCGUAAAACACUUUGAACUGGACAGGGAGGUUGUUUCGAUAGAGACGAUGAUGAGGUCGCCGACACUCCGCGCUGCGCUGAUUAUACUUAUGUCUGCACAGACCAACCAGUGGAUACCUGUAAAUCUAUCAGUGGACUGGAUCCAAUUCAUAAUUAUAUGGGAUGUACGUAUCAUUCUCGACAGCUGAACUCUUGAGCUCUUUUGAUCAAAACAAAGAAUUAGUUAGAUUCGCGACACGGUUGAGGAUUAAAACCCCCCAUCUUAAUUAUAUUUACGUUUACAUUUUUUUCGUUCAGUCAUUUACUUUUGUGUAGGAUAAGAUGAUACGUUUAGCUCUUGAACCUGUUGGGGUGAUGAGCACCUAACCCCGCUUUCAGGUAUCACCCCUCAAUCAAACCGCGUUAAGGUCAUGAGAACAAAAGAAAUAAAACUAAAGAAGCUCUUGAUUGUUCAACAAAUUCUCUAUAUCAGUAUUAUUGAAAUACAUAGAGAACAGUAUGGAGAAUAUUUCUAUUGAUGUUGGGAUGUAAAGAGCUAGUAAUUGAAUCGAGAGUGUAAUCGAAAGUGCGUUACGUAAGGUCUUUUUUCUACCAUUUUAAAAUACAAAUCAGAAGAAUGUUCCGUUCUUUAAAAAAGUUCUUUCAAAAAAACAAAGGCUUUUUUUCGUGAUAUUGAUAGCGGUAAAACUCUUAUUAAAAUGGCUUCAUAUACAGGUAACAUGGUAGAUAAAGAAACCUCAAUAAUAAUAAUAACAAUAAUAAUAACAUCAAAAAUAAUAAUAAUAAGCCUCAUAUGAAGGUAAAAUGGUUUUUGCGUUAUUUCAAAAAUUGAUUGCUUACGGUUGCACUGUAUUUGUUUCCAAGACAUGGAGGACAAAUGCAUGUAUGAAUUUACUCCGGGGCAGAUAUCUAAAAUGGAAAAAGAUGUCAAGAAAUACAGACCUACCCUGAUGAAAAACAUCUAUAGUAAGUUUUAAUGGUUUAAUUUUGUUUCUGUCUCGUUUUUACUCUUUAAGUUCCAAUCUGCUUAUGAUUUCAUGCACUCUCUCAAACUAUCGUCUAAAUAAAGCAUCACAUAAACUAUUUUUCUCAUUACGCAGUCAACUGUGCACAUGGGCCCGGUUGUAUAAAGGGCGGAUAACGUUAUGCAACGGAUAAAUUGCUAUCCAGCGGAUAAGUAAUAGCAAAACGGAUAGCGUUAUCCACCAGAUAGAGUUUUAUCCAGUGGAUAGUGUUAUCCAACCUUCGAACAACCAGGGCCCGAUGUAUUGCUUAACUUUCAGACUGCAUGACAAUAUGUGGUACUUCAAAGCAUUAUGAUUUGUUGUAAUAAGCUGUGGAUGGAGCAUUCAAUGUUUUCACACCUUAUUGUUCUGUGAUUCUGACAGAUGGGAUGUUUGCCGAUCACAAUUUUUACACCUCUCCCUACUCUGGUAAAAUUACCAAAUUUUCCUGAAAAUCGUUUACCCUCGUGAGUAGGGAGAGGCAUUAGGAGAGUUAAGAUCUUGACCUUCACGGCUAAAACGCGCCACAAGAAAAACUUCAAAGUCUGCAACUCAGACCACCUAAUUAAAUCAAGACUCUAGAAUAGCUCUGUUACCAAGUUUGAUGAAAUUCGUAGCUUAUGAAUUGAAGUCUUUUCGAGUGAUAUGGUCGGCGUAAAGCUGUUUGUCUUAAUUCUGAAAAUUAAUAAUUAUAAUUACUUACAAAACUUGAUUUUACUCAUUCUCAAGGACCUUGCAAAAUCGAUGCUAUAUUCCGUUGGUCAAACGGCUAUAUUUAUUUCUUCCUCGGAUCAAACUACUACCGUUACAAUGAGAAUCUUCCUGGUAUUGAUCCUAGCUACCCUCGACCUAUCAGCGACCAUUGGAAGGGUGUCCCUUCCUCCGUAAACGGCGUUUUUCGUUACGCAAAUGGCCUCACGUACUUCUUCAAAGGAAACCAGUACUAUCGGUUUAACGACACAUCACUGAAGGUGGACGAAGAAUAUCCUCGACUUAUGAGUGACUACUGGGUUGGAGCGCCGAGCGAUAUAGAUGACGUCAUUAGGUAAGAUAUUUUCAGUUACAAUUCAUCAUCAAUUCAAAUUUUUUUCAGCAAUUUUCAAAGCGAGCUCCUCGGAAAAAAUAUUUUUGUAUUUAUUAUAGAAGCUUGCAUAUCAUGGUAAAACCCUGAUCAUACCCGCAUUGGGGUACGUUUGCGCCUCACGUACAAAUCUUUGAGUAUCAACCUCACAAACUAAACCUAGAAUGAAGAGUAACAACAAAUCUUUAUCUCUCAACUUCUGUAGUUGGAGAGACUUCAACUCUCGGAACUUUUUUUUAGUUUAGGUUAUUAUUUAUCAUUUUACUCAAGCCAACCAUCUCAAUACGGUGCACUUUUUAAAUGACCUUCAUGCCAUAUGGGUUGGCCUCUCAAUAUUUCAAUCUACAUUUUGCGACUUUGUUCAAUUGUUCAUUUGUUCGUUUGUUUACUCAAUCAUUUUAGUCAUUCGAAUGGCUUCACCUACUUCUUCAAAGGAGCACAAUACUACAGAUUUAACCCACGCACCCUCAGAGUGGACCCCGGGUAUCCGCGCUCUGUGAGCUCCUACUGGAACGGACUCCCAAGCGACAUUGAAGGCGCCUUACAAUGGUACAAUGGCGGCGUUUUUGUUUUUAAGGAUACGCAGCACUGGUUAUUCGUGCACAGCGAGCAAUCAAUAAGUGUUCCUUCCAGUUACCCUGAGUCAAUAACCCAAUGGUGGAGCAGUGAACCAGAUUUUGCUGACUACACAGUGUUCAGGUCAGUCUCUCUAAUUAAAAAAUGUCUUGAACAAUCGGCUUCUCAUGUUUUUAUAACAUUUGCGUUGUGAUUUAUAUUGCAAUGAACUUGUAAUAAAUUUGUAAUAGACUCGUAAUGCAAAUCCCUUGUAACUAAACUUAUUACUUAAUUCCUUUACCUCUCUUAGACACUUGAAUGGCUAUACUUUCUUCUUCAAAGGAAACAGCUAUUGGCGCUACAAUGAACAGUUUAGCCAGGUCGAUAUCGGAUAUCCACGCGGCUUGGCAGCCUGGGAUGGAGUGCCAGCGGAUGUGGACGCCGCGUUUCUAUGGAGUGAUGGAUACGUGUACUUCUUUAAGGGAAACCUUUUCUUCCGGUACGAUAGUGGCCAACGGAAAGUCCAAGAUGGGUAUCCACGAGAAAUAAGCUCGUUUUGGAAAGGAAUACCCAACAAUGUCGACGCCGUUUUCAGGUAAUGACACCAGAACGAGUCACGAGAUUCUAUCAGUUGAUUCUUUGAAAGGAUCUCUGCGCGGAUAUCCUGUCCUAUGAGUGGUCAAGUAAAUACAAGCGCACACUCAAGCGCACGCAUACGCACUCGCUUUUCGUUUCUUGAUCAGUUCAGCAUUUGAUUAGACAAAUCACUGGGCUUAGAGCAAUUUCAAUUGUGUCGAGCUUAAUUCGGGAUCUCGUUGGUUUUAGUUAACUUUUCUAUGCGAUUGGUCCAGAAAACUCGCUCCACCCUAUCAACCAAUUAGAUGCAAAAUUAAAAAUCAAUCGCAACUUGAGCAGUCGCAUUUUGAUUUCAUUUUCACUUUCAUUUUGAGUUCUUAUUAGUUAAUGAAAAUGCAAAACUUUAUUCUGAUUGGUCGAUAUGUAUACUUUGGUUUUACGAAACGCAAUUGAAAAACCGCUCUAGUGAAGCGAAGCCAAGUGCGAUCUAAAACUACUUUCGACACCUUAUUAAACGUUACUAUGAUACAUUUGCAAGGGAAGUUGUGUUUAGUACUUGGGGAGUCUUAGCCGGACCUCGACCUCUCUUUGAAAAUGCUAGCUUAAGUUUAGCGCAGCGGUCAUUUUUAAUCUUAUUGAUUACUCUCCAUACUGAACUAAACUAGUUGCGUUUCGUUUAAUAUAUAUAUUUGAGUGUAUUUUCAUCUUAUCAACAUAAAAAUUGUAGAUUCCUAAUUUUGGAGAUUUUCCUACGCGUCCCGAAUAAAGCGAAUCAACUACUGCAUACUCGGAUAUGCAGAGCGAGAAAUUUCGAUUUUGAUCCGAACUGGAAAUCCUCUCAUUUGUUUUAGAUACAUAGAUGGUCUCACAUACUUCUUCAAAGACUCGAAUUAUUUCCGCUUCAAUGACACCUCCCAAGAAGUAGACCCAGGCUUCCCGCGGCUCAUAGCCUCGACUUGGAGUGGCGUCCCGGAUGGCCCCGAUACUGUGUUUUCAGAUGAAAAUGGCUACACAUACUUCUUCAAGGAAAACCUCUUUUACCGUUUUAAUUCUACAGCGGGACAAGUUGAUGCUGGGUUUCCCAAGUCGAUAGCAUUGUGGAGGGGAAUACUUUAUCAGCCUUAA